CGGGCGGGGGCCCUCGGGACCCCGCCGGGGACAUGGGCAACGGGAUGUGCUCCCGGAAACAGAAGCGGAUUUUCCAGACGCUGCUGCUGCUGACCGUGGUGUUCGGGUUCCUGUACGGGGCGAUGCUCUACUACGAGCUGCAGGGCCAGCUGAGGAAGGCUGAGGCCACGGCGCUCAAGUACCAGCAGCAUCAGGAGUCGCUCUCGGCUCAGUUACAAGUUGUGUAUGAGCACCGGUCAAGAUUAGAAAAGUCAUUGCAGAAGGAAAGGCUAGAACAUAAGAAAGCAAAAGAAGAUUUUCUUGUUUAUAAACUAGAAGCACAGGAAACACUAAAUAAAGGAAGGCAAGACUCCAACAGCAGAUACAGCGCUCUGAGCGUGCAGCACCAGAUGCUGAAGAGUCAACACGAGGAGCUGAAGAAGCAGCACGCUGACCUUGAGGAAGAUCACCGAAAACAGGGAGAAGAGUUUAGCAGGACAUUCAGUGAUCACAAGGAGAGAUACCUACAGCUGCAGCAGGAAAAGGAGCAGGAGAUCUCCAAGCUGAAGGAAUCCCUGUAUAACUUGCGGGAGGAGAACAGGCAGCUGAGAAAAGCUCACCAGGACAUUCACACCCAGCUCCAGGAUGUCAAGCAACAGCAUAAGGACUUACUGUCCCAGCACAACGAGCUUGUGGUGACAUUGGAAGACCACAAGAGUGCACUAGCUGCUGCUCAGACUCAGGUGGAGGAAUACAAACAGCUGAAGGACACACUCAAGAAAAUCCCAAGUUUCCAAGAUACAGAGAAGGUGGAAGGAGGGAAUGAGCAGCCCGAGGUGCGGGGCCCAUCCCCCCACAGCCACACCCCGGAGCACCACGGAGCUGGGGCUGAGCAGCAGCAGAAUGAGAAGCCAAGGGAGAGAGAAGAAACAAAUAGCCAGGAACAGGACAGGGCUGAGCCUUUCCAUGUGCAGGGAAGGGCUCAUGAGGAUGCCAAGGAGCUGAACAUCCAGCAGCAGCAAGAAGCUGGAGAGGAUGAGGAGCAACGGGCAGAGCAGAUGGAAGAAGAACGCAAAAAGGAACUCGAAGAGGAAGAAAUGGAGCAGGCAGGGCAGCCUGAGCACCUGGAGGAGGAACAGGACCAAGUCCCAGAAGAGCACGAAUGGAAAAAGCAGGAACGGAAGGAAGAAGAAACCAACAUGUUGGGUGAUCACCUGCAGUCAGAGGUAAUGCCAACAGAGAGACAGAAAGCAGCUUACGAGCAGCAGCUGGAGCAGCAGCACCUUGGAGCCCAGAGAGCAGAGGAGGCCAAGAAGCUCCAGCAGCAGCAGGAAUCCCUGCACCAGCAGAGGCUGCAAGGACAGCUCCUGAGGCAGCAGCAGCUCCAGGAGAGAGAGCUCCAGCUGCAGAGACAGGCAGAGCAAGGGGAGAAACUCUACAAAAACCGCCUCAGCCAACAGGCUCAUUAUGAUAACAUGGACCAGGACAUUGUACAAGGGGAGGAAGAGCAAGGUAUUCAGGAAGAGGAAGGAGCUUAUGAACAUGACAACCAGCACCAGGAUGAAGGUGAAGAUGAUGAUCAGAAUAAUGCAAAUGAACAGCAAGAAGCAGAACAUCAGGCAGAAAAUCAGCAGGCUGAUGAAUCAAAGGCAGCCAUGGAAGAUGUGAAUCCUGCUGAUGACCCCAAUAAUCAGGGAGAAGAUGAAUUUGAAGAAGCUGAGCAAGAGAGAGAAGAAAACCUGCCUGAUGAAAAUGAAAAGCACAAGGAAACGGGUCAGAAACAAGGACAUCCAGGAAUGGAGGAGCACUUGGUGAUGGCAGGAAAUCCUGACCAGCAGGAGGAUAAUGUGGAUGAACAAUACCAGGAGGAGGGAGAAGAGGAGGUGCAGGAAGAUCUGACUGAAGAGAAGAAGCGAGAGCUGGAGCACAAUGCUGAGGAGCCCUAUGGGGAAAACGAGGAAAAUGCAGAUGACAAGAAUAACAGAGGGACAGACCAAGAGCAAGAAAUGCAAGAAGACAACAACCAGAAAGAAAUUCAUGAAGAAAAUUAUGAGGAGGAAGAGGAGGAGGAGGAAGAGGAAGGCAGAGCUAUUGCAGCAAAAACUCGCAGACGAGGGGAGAUGUAGUUCCUCCCUUCAUUUUUCUUUUUCCAUUACACAAAUUCCUGUUGUGUGUUUUUUU